AUGCCGGCCGUGCACUAUUUCGACGAGGUGAAACCGGUUGUCGGCCUGCCGAACAUUUCCCCUCAUCAAACCCAUGAUGCUCUCUACAAGUACCCAUCAAUCUUCGCCAGACGACACGACGUCUCUGGAUAUGUAUUAAAGCAUUGGGACCUGAUCCCGAAUCAAGCCCUUGAAACGCAAAUCCGCCUCCCCACAACCACCAUCGUAAAACGAAAACAUGAGAAUGACCACGUGGUCCGAUUGAUAAAGGCCGGAACUCGAACCACGGAAACUGUACAGUGCGUCCUGGUUGCUUGGGGCCAUGGCAUUUUCUGUUGGGAACUUGGUGGAAAGAAAAAGGUCGAUUUCAUACGAACGCUGACAUUCUGCGGCCGCGAAACGAGCCAUAGUAGACACUCCAAUGUCGUGGAUUUAUGUUACAACCCUCUUAACCAGGUGCUGACGCUAUUGCUUGGAGCGGAUGUUUGGGUUGUGAAAGAGUUGCGGCGAAAUCACCAGACGAUUACUGUGGCGUACGCACAUUCUACGGCG